AUGAAAGAAGUAGUUGCAGUGAUCCGGCCCGAGAAGUGGCAGGAAACAAUCGAUGCGGCCCAGGCCAUGGGCCUGAACGCAUGCUCCCACAUCCGCGUCAUGGGCCGGGGCAAGCAGCGGGGGCUGCGCUAUAUGCGCCCAGUCAACGGAAGCGACGACGGUGUGAUGCACUUCCUUCCGAAACGGAUGCUGACAUGGCUGGUCCCCGACGAAGCGGCCGGAAGGUUGGUUCGUUCGAUCAUAACCGUGAAUAAGGCCGACAAUUUCGGCGACGGCAAGGUUUUCGUCUGCCCGGUGGAGGAGAUCAUCCUCUCCCCGGAGGAAUCCACGAUGCCAGAAACAGUAACUGCGGAGGUGUAA